AUGCACGCGGCGGGGAUGGCACGACGUGCAGGGUUUCUGACCCUCCUCCUCCCCGUCCUGUCAAGUGCUUUCCUCACUCCAUCGCCAAACUUUCUUGCCUCUUCUCUCGCCUCGAAGAACUCUCGGGUCCACCAGGUCGGGCGCCGAGUCCCACGUCUCUCGCUGAGAAUGCAGGGGCCCAAACUUGAUGCAGAAGUUUUCGGCAAGGACAGAUUAAAGCAGGAAGAAGCGGAUAUCAGGAAGAUGGAGAAACAGGGAAUGGCCAAGAAGGAUGUCACACUCACAGACAUCAUCUCAUUGUGGAUCACAAACAUCAUUCUUACCUACGGUGACAAGGAAAAGUAUGCACAACUUCAGGACGGCGCAGUAAAGUCAGAGGGUGUUGUGGAUGAUCUUGUUGGUGGGCCCCUGUUCUUGCCCCUGUACAAAUAUUUCAAGGAUUGUGGCGGAUUGUACAAGCUGUGCUUUGGACCCAAGGUGUUCAUGGUUGCCUCUGACCCAUUAGUCAUCCGACACAUCAUGAAAGACAACGUCUUCUCGUAUGAUAAGGGGGUUCUGACUGAAAUUCUUGAACCGUUCAUGGGGCAAGGCUUGAUCCCUGCUCCGUUCCAAGUCUGGAAGGAGAGGCGCAGAGCUCUCGUUCCUGGAUUUCAUCAGGCGUGGUUGAAUAGAAUGUGCAGGAUGUUCUCGGAAUGUACCGAUCGGCUCUCGGCAAAGCUCGAUGCUGUGGCAGACACCGACGAGAUCAUCGACAUGGAGGAGAACUGGAACAGCUGCUCCCUCGACAUCAUCGGCAAGGCUGUCUUCAACUAUGACUUUGGGUCUGUAGAGAAGCUUUCACCGGUGGUUGAAGCUGCUCUCUGCGCCUUGCGUGAAGCUGAGCAUCGAUCCACGUUCUACUUCCCCUACUGGAAGAUUCCAGGGCUGGGCGCGGAAUGGCCAAUCCCUGCCCUUGUACCCCGUCAGCGGAAGUUUCAACAGGACAUGGCGCUUCUGAAUGGAGUCCUGGACAAACUCAUCCUCAACGUCGUGAACGAGAAGCAAGAGACUGACUUGGAUGCUCUCAUCAACAAGGAUUACGACAACGUCAACGAUCCCUCGCUGCUGAGAUUCCUCGUGGACCUGAGGGGUGCCGAUGCAACUCAGAAGCAGUUGCGAGACGACCUCAUCACUUUGCUCAUUGCUGGCCACGAGACGACUGGUUCGAUGUUGACCUGGGCGACAUGGCUCCUGAGCCAACAUCCGGAAGCUCAGGCCAAGAUGCAGAAGGAGAUCGACGAUGUCUUGGGAGGCCGAUCCCCAACCUAUGAGGACAUGCCAAGACUGGAGCAGGUCAGGCUGGUGAUCACAGAGACGCUAAGGCUCUUCCCCGAGCCCCCGAUUUUGAUCCGGAGAGCUCUUGAUGCAGAUGUCUUGCCAAAGGCAAGCAAUCUCGAUGGCUCCGUGCAGGGGAAUGCAGUGAAAAUCAUCAAGGGAAGCGAUUUCUUCCUCUCUGUUUGGAACUUGCAUCGAUCUCCACUCCUUUGGGAUAAGCCUGAUGAGUUCGAUCCCGACAGGUGGAGGAGACCAACACCUCCUGAACUCGUAGAGAAGUACAAUGCCCAGCGCAGGGCAGAGGGGUUGCCUGAAUGGCAGGGGUACGUCCCUGAUCUGAAGACGCUCUAUCCCAACGAAGUGCAUGCUGACUAUGCCUUCUUGCCUUUCGGGGCUGGGCCGAGGAAGUGUCUGGGCGAUCAGUUCGCCCUGAUGGAGUCAGUUGUGAUGCUCACGAAGAUCUUUCAGCGCUACUCGUUCGAACUGGUUGGAAACCACGAUCCCAAGGUCCCGAAUGAAUCAGACGUGGGGAUGAUGUUUGGUGCCACGAUCCACACAGCCAACGGACUGAAUGUGCGCGUAAAGCGCAGACAGGCUUGA